CCGGAGAGUUGUCGGCUGGGAAAUGGCGGCCGCGGGCUUGGUCGCUGUGGCCACGGCUGCAGAGUACUCUGGCCCAGUAGCGUCGGGAGGUAACCUCUCCGUUGUUAACUGCGGCCCGAACUCCGGGGCAGGCCCAGGUCCUGGCCCGGGCUCAUGGAGCCGCUCCCUCGACCGAGCGCUGGAGGAGGCGGCGGUAACCGGGGUGCUGAGCCUGAGCGGCCGGAAACUGAGGGAGUUUCCCCGGGGAGCGGCCAACCACGACCUGACGGACACCACCCGGGCCGAUCUGUCACGAAAUCGCCUCUCAGAAAUUCCCAUAGAAGCAUGUCACUUCGUUUCUCUUGAGAAUCUCAAUUUAUACCAAAAUUGUAUUCGGUAUAUACCAGAGGCAAUUCUAAACUUGCAAGCUCUAACAUUCUUAAAUAUUAGUCGAAACCAGCUGUCAACAUUGCCAGUACACUUGUGUGAUUUACCAUUGAAAGUCUUAAUUGCUAGUAAUAACAAAUUGGUCUCACUUCCAGAAGAAAUUGGACAUCUCAGACAUUUAACAGAACUUGAUGUGAGCUGCAAUGAAAUUCAAACAAUCCCUUCCCAAAUUGGUAAUUUGGAGGCCUUGCGAGACCUUAAUGUAAGAAGAAAUCACUUAGUACGUUUGCCUGAAGAGCUAGCAGAGUUGCCUUUGAUACGGUUAGACUUUUCCUGCAAUAAAAUUACAACAAUCCCUGUUUGUUAUCGGAAUCUCAGGCACCUACAGAUGAUCACCCUAGAUAAUAAUCCACUACAAUCUCCUCCUGCACAGAUAUGUAUAAAAGGCAAAAUCCACAUAUUUAAAUACCUGAACAUACAGGCUUGUAAGAUUGCUCCAGAUCUGCCAGAUUAUGAUAGGAGACCCAUGGGUUUUGGCUCCUGCCACGAAGAACUGUACUCAGGUCGCCCCUAUGGAGCCCUUGAUUCAGGUUUCAAUAGUGUGGACAGUGGUGAUAAGAGAUGGUCAGGGAAUGAACCUACAGAUGAAUUUUCAGAUCUGCCUCUUCGUGUAGCAGAAAUUACUAAAGAACAAAGACUACGAAGAGAAAGCCAGUACCAGGAGAAUCGCAGCAGUAUAGUAGUAACAAAUGGUGGAGUGGAGCAUGAUCUGGAUCAGAUUGACUAUAUUGACAGCUGUACUGCAGAGGAAGAAGAGGAAGAAGUGAGACCACCCAAGGGCCUGGACUCAGACAGCCUCAGUUCACAGUUUAUGGCAUAUAUUGAACAACGGCGAAUCUCUCAUGAGGGUUCACCAGUAAAGCCAGUACCCAUGAGGGAAUUUCAAAAAACAGAAGACACAAGAAGAUAUUCACAUCACAACAGGGUUCCAGCUGAGCCAUCUUCUCUCUUAUCACUAUCACCAAGUCAUAAUCAGUUUUCACAUGCAGACUUGGAACUUCAUCGGAGAAGAGAACAAUUAAUAGAACGUACUCGGAGAGAGGCACAACUUGCUGCCCUACAGUAUGAGGAGGAGAAAAUAAGGACUAAGCAGAUUCAAAGAGAUGCUGUCCUGGACUUUGUCAAGUGUCCCUUCCCAUCCAGAAGGUCUCAGCACACUGAUGAUAGUGCCUUGUUAGUGUCGCUGUCAGGUGUGAAUCAAGUGGGCUGUGCUGCUACCCUGCCUCAUUCUUCUGCCUUCAGGCCUCUUAAGAAUGAUCACAGAUCUAAUGCUAUAUCAAGUUCACCUACAACAGAAACAGUUCAUCAUUCCCCUGCAUAUUCUUUUCCUGCUGCUAUUCAGAGAAACCAGGCCCAGCGCCCUGAAAGCUUCCUUUUCAGAGGAGCUGUCAGGGCAGAAACAAAUAAAGGUCAUGCGUCACCCCUUCUUUCAUCUUCUGCACCUACCACUGAUUUUAAAGAUCCGGUAACAAGACAGAAUUCAAGACAGAGAGAAGAAGAGCUGGAAUUAAUAGAUCAACUACGGAAACAUAUUGAGUACCGGUUAAAAGUAUCUCUGCCUUGUGAUCUUGGAGCAGCUCUAACCGAUGGUGUUGUUCUUUGCCAUUUGGCCAAUCAUGUGCGGCCUCGAUCUGUCCCAAGCAUUCACGUUCCCUCACCAGCUGUACCUAAAUUAACAAUGGCAAAAUGCAGACGAAAUGUGGAGAAUUUCCUCGAAGCUUGCAGAAAAAUUGGUGUACCUCAGGACAAUCUUUGUUCCCCUUCUGACAUCCUUCAGCUAAACCUCAGCGUAAAAAGAACUGUUGAAACACUACUUUCUCUUGGGGCACAUUCAGAAGAAUCCAGUUUUGUCUCUCUAUCUAUCCAGCUUUUGGGUUUUGUGGCAUUUUAUUGUACUUUAAUGUUAACUCUCUGUAUGUUUUAUUACUGGAUCUUCCCCCUCUAGCCGAAAGUGCAUUCCAGUGAUUUUUCCAUCUCAUUCCUGUGCUUGGUAAAGGAGGUUUGUUUCUCAUUCAAAAGUAUUUACAUAUGUGCUUUUUUUUAAUUGGUUAGCCAUCAAAGAGCUAACCAAUAAAGUAGAUAAAUUCUUUCCUCAUGUGUCCAGAUGAGCAGCUUAUCAUAUUAGGAAGCAUUUAUGAUUGCUAACAAAGAGCAGAAAGACCAGUAUAUUUUCUUCUGCUCAUUUGUCCAUUCUCCUGGCCUAUAUGUGGCCUUGUUUCUCUUAUCAUAAAUGCUGAGCAGGGUCUACUAAUACAAUCCUGAGCCUGUUGUUAGAAUAUGACUUAGAACUUUAUUUCCAAAUGGCAUAAUAAAGUUUCCAUCUGGCCUUCUUUCCAUGCCUCAACACAACUUAAGUGUUGAAAUUGUGAGAAGUAUUAAAAUUACGAGUUGCUGAACUUUUCAACAGCCGUUCAUGAGGAAACAGUUGUACCCCUUAUGUUCUGGGGAGCACCUGGUCACUUAGAUCUCUGCAUUGAGCUGUGCCCUGAAAUCCUGAAAUCUGUCUUUAUUGGUAGGCACAAGUCCACCUAAUAAGCAUCUGCUCUCUGGACAUCUGGAAGGCACUGGCCAUUUAAUCUUAAUAAUUUUAAUUUGAUCAGAAUGUUCAGUCCAAAGAUAAUGUAGGUUCCCUAGAUUGCUCUUCUGAGCCCAUUGUGUACAUUGGAAACAGUACACAAGCAAAUUAUCUGGAGCUGACCUUUCAGGGGUAGGCACCUGUCUGCACAUUUAUUAUGUUUAUUAUCUUUAACUUCACUUCUAGAAUCCUAUUUAGAAUUUAAAAUUGGAAUUUAUGUAAUUUCCAAUAUAUUUGAACCAUCUUAAUAGGUGAACUUAUAUUUGAUAGGCUGUUGAGGAGAUUAUUUCUGAACAGUAGCAGGUAAAGAAUUAGGCAGCAAUCUCUGUUCUGUACCCAAGGCAAUGAAUGCCUCUUUCAGAAUGCUUAGUAUAUUAGCUGCUAGCCUUAAUGCUUGAAAGUACUUUAUAAUUGCAUUCAGAUUCUGGUUCUCAUAAAUAGUGUUUCUGAACAUUCAGGAAUCUCUGAACUCUGUUAAGAAAAUUGGACAACUGAACUCACGUAUGAAGGAAGAUUGUGAGGAACCAUAUCAUGUUGUAGAAGUCAAUCUGAGGAUCUGAUUGCUUUGGUUUUCUUUCAUAUUAAAUGGGAAAAUUAUUUAACACAUUAAAAACCUUUUAUUUUUAAUGCUGAAACAUUGAACACUGUGUUGAAAACAGCAGUAGUGCCUUUUGGAGUUGAGGGGAGGUUUUUUUUUAAGAUGUCUCUGAGUCAGAGAUCAUUCAGUUUUGUGAAGUUCUGUCCCUUUAAAAAAACACAUGGUGUUUUUUGUGGUUUUGGGGGAGUAAUGGUGCAUUCUCUUCAGAACAGAGUUCCCUCUAAGCCAGCUAGAAGGUAAAUGUGCAUCUGGAAAGCAUAAGCCACUGAGGGAAUGUGUAAGCCACGGGCUUACAGGUCGCAGGGUACCCCUGGAAACAGAGAUCAAGGAAUCGGCCUCAGAGGAAAUAUGUCUCCCCCCAGAGUAAAACACCCUGCAGGUUCAUUUUAAGUAUAGUUAAUCUGUACUUCAGUUGUACUCAGAAGAUUUAUUCAAAGUUGCUAGUUUCUUAAGAUCAAAAGAUUCCAUUUACCUUGUUUUAUCAAGGUAAGUAUUAAAUAAAAAGAAAGUGAUUAAGAAGCACAAGUACCAAUAACGGUUCAUAAAACAUACUUGUUAUAUUUUUUAUUGCAACUGGUUUUGUAAAACUUCCUAAUAAUAUAUUAAGUGCCAAUGAAAAGCUGAGAAAAAUCCAGUUAUCUUCUUUUAUAAGUAUGUAUAGUCUUUUUCAGUAGAACCAGAAUUCCACUUUCAUUCCUUUAAGAGUAACCUCUUCUUUCUUUCAUCUAAUCAAUGAUAGAUGUUAUUCUUAUGAUAUGCCUUUUUGUCUUACAAGAAAGGAUUAACCAAACACAUUAAUGAGGUAAUAAACAAGAUAGAAGUAAUUUAACUUGCUUAAGCAAACAUGUAAAUGCUUUUCAAAUAUAUGUUAAUUAAUGUGUUCCUGACUAAGCUCACAUCAUAGUUCUCCAGCAUAAUUUAAUCCAUUAAAUACCAGGAUAUAAAAUACUUUUUCAAAUAUAAUUUCUUUAUUUAAGUUCUGUAAUUCAAGUUUUUAAGUAAUUCAAACCGGGCCUUCCGUGAAUUAUCCAGUGUAGGGGACAAUUUCUCAAAUACUUCUAAAUCUCAAGGAUAUACUUCAGUUUCUUCCUGUGAUCCCUGCCUGGUCUGAGAACCUGAUUUUCAUAGUCAGGACUAAAUGUAGAGAGCAUUCCUCUCUCAUGCAGUCUGAGUUAUGGCAUGAAACUAUCUUGCAUUCCAAUGGUUUGUAAUUUCCAAAGCGCUUUCUCCUACAAUGUUAUAUCUUUAGGCUUCAGCCAUCCGGUAACUUGGAACUGUUUUUCUAUUUUCACCUGCCUCAUUUUACUGAUCUGCAUUGCUCUUCUAUUUAUCAGCGGUGAAGGAUGCUGCUUUUAUUCCAUAGUAGUAUGUUUAUCUUCUGUUGUAUGUAAAAGUGUAUGUAACUUGUCCAUUUUCUAAUAUUCAAAAUGAUCUGUAUGUACUUUUAGAUGUAUUAAUAAAAAAAAAGUGACGAGUGUCAGGUACCAUCUCUGUGUAACUCAUAUUAACAGAGGUCAGAUUCUCAGGUACUGACUUCUCGUAUCUCAGUUCAUUAUUAUGAGGGAGAGAAGAGAUGCUUAUUUUUUCUUUUCAGUUCUGUGAUGUUCAUCCUCUUUUCUCUUCUGUUUGUUUUUAUGUUACA